AGUUUUCUUCGAAGGCUGGCUAAUGACUUACCAUCAGGAAAAUUUUAUUAUGAUUUUAAACGUGACAAAGACAAUUUAGGAAAAUAUUUUAAACAAUGUAAGGAACUAAAACCACCAUACGACAAUAAACCUAGGGUUAGAGUACUUUGUAUGCAAGUUCUAAAAUAUUUAAAAACUAAGUAUGAUACAUUAAAUAAUGAGGAUGGUUCUUAUGAUGUUUGUGUUCUUUUGAAUUAUGCGGCAUUUACUAGAUUACAUGAAAUUUUCGGAUCUGAUGACAUCACUAACAUUACUCUAGCAUGGGCGAGUCUCAUUUAUGUAUGGAAUAGUUUUGUCGAUGAUAAUUUUAAUAAACCUCUUUAUAAAAAAUGUAAACCUAUUGAUAAUAUUUUUACAAAUGAUUGGCAUAUAAGAAAGAUAUUGUAUGAUUAUUUCGUGGAUUAUGAUACUAUCAAAAAGAAUUUUAUAUUUUAUAAUGAUAUAUGCCAAAAAUAUUAUAUGUACCUAGAAAUAAUUAUUGAUAUCUAUAAAUAUUUUAAUAAAUUUUGUGUAACUGAUAAUAAAGAUAAGUGCCCAGAUUUUUAUAAUAAAUGUAAGGAAUAUGAUCCAAGUAAUUACAUACAUGAAGUAAUUUGUUUUAAAGAAAUUGAAGAAAAAAAGUCUGCUUCUGUAAAGCUUAAACUUGCAGAAAAAGAGAAACCCCAAUCAAUAGAAUUACAUUCAGGUGAAGAAUUUGGAUCUUUGUUGUCAACAAAAGAAACGGAUUUUUCUGAUAAUUCAACUUUGCAAGUUCUUAGUUCCGAUCGUGUAAAAACCUUUGGUAAUGUACUUCUCGGAUUAGUUGUAACAUCAAUGACAUCUGGCGUUUUAUAUAAAGUAAAAAUUCAUUGA